AUGGUGAACGGAAGGCGGGAAUAUAUUAGUAUUUCUAUACUUUUCGUAGUUAAUCUGCUUAAUUAUGUGGAUAGAUAUACUGUUGCUGGAGUUUUGACCGAUGUUCAAAAGUAUUAUAAUAUCGAUGAUAGUUCUGCGGGCUUGAUACAAUCGGUCUUCUUAGCGUUUUUCAUUGUUGGCUCUCCUAUUUGUGGAUAUUUAGGAGAUCGUUUCAAUCGAAAAUUGAUCAUUCUUGUCGGUGUUGUCAUUUGGUUGGGUGCUGUACUAGGAUCAACUUUUGUCUCCAGUGAUAACUUCUGGCUUUUCCUUCUUUUCCGUGGAUUGGUUGGUAUUGGAGAAGCCUCAUAUUCGAAUGUGUCGCCUUCACUCAUUUCUGACAUGUUUACAGGACCAACCAGAAGCCGCAUGUACAUGCUUUUCUACUUUGCUGUUCCUGUUGGAAGUGGUUUGGGAUUUGUUGUUGGUUCAAAUGUUGCAUCAGCUACAGGACACUGGCAAUGGGGAGUAAGAGUUACAGCCCUAGUCGGAAUUUUCGUCACGAUUCUUUUACUCUUGUUUGUUCAUGAGCCUGUAAGAGGUGGUGCUGAUGCCAGCACUGGAGCGAAGGAAACGAAUGAAGUUGCAGGCUCAUAUUGGGACGACAUCAAAGCAUUAAUUUGCAUUCCAACUUUCGUUUGCUGCACUUGGGGAUACACGGCUUUAGUCUUCGUGACCGGAACUUUAACAUGGUGGGAACCAACAAUCAUUGAAUAUUUGAUGGCCUACAAAAACCAAGUCACUGAUGUUGGAGAAGAAGACCAUGACCACUUUGACAAAGAUAAAGACUCAAUCGGAUUAAUUUUUGGUGGCAUUACAACUGUCGCUGGUUUGAUAGGAGUGUCAAUGGGAACUCUUCUAGCUGGAUGGAUUAAAGCUGGAACUGGUCCCUUCAGGAUAAUUCAAACUGUUCGUGCUCAACCAAUUGUAUCUGGGUUCGGAGCUUUGGUCGCUGCUCCUCUGCUGGCCAUCGUUUUCAUAUUUGGAGAGAAGAGCCUUCUGAUGCUAUGGAUUCUACUCUUCGUACUCAUCACAUUCCUUUCUUUGAAUUGGGGAUUGAACGUUGACAUGUUGAUGACUGUGAUUGUUCCAUCAAGAAGAAGUACAGCUUUCUCCUACUUCAUGCUCAUUUCUCAUUUAUUUGGAGAUGCCACUGGCCCCUAUCUAAUCGGAAUUAUCUCUGAUCAAUUCUUAAAAGGAAAACCAACCUAUGUGAAAGAUGGCGAAACUGUUCAUUAUCCUCAUGAUCAAUAUACAUCAUUGGUGAAAGCAAGUUCGAUAACAGUCGCAUUGCUUGCCAUCUCAGCUAUUCUCUAUUUCAUAACGGCUCUAUGUUUGGUUAGAGAUCAAAGAAAAUACAAUGAACAGAUGGGUCAGAGCGAUUUGGAACUCAAACGAGCUGACUCACCUACCUCACUUCAUCAAUUGAAUCCAUCAGCUCCUCCAGAUGAUAUAAGUGAAAAAAUAAGAUUAUAA